GGAGGCUGGAGCACAAAGAGCGCUUGUUGCCCCAGUCCCCGGGAGUCUCCCAGUGCUACCACUAGCUGGGGAGGACUGGUUACCAUGGAGGCUGCCAUCUGUUCGCUCCCUGCUGGAAUGUGAUUAUCCUCGCUGGGUUGGGAACCAGCAAAAGCAAGGGAGCGUGUGCUGUCGGCAAUUAUCUGCAAUGGAGUGCGUUAAUGGAAGGCUGGAAUUAGCUAGCUGGAGGAGCACAUAAAAGGAUUUUAUCAAAACUAUUAAUGAUUUCUAGCCAAGAGGAGUAAGCUUUUCUGCAAGGCAGCAGCAUCUGUCCAAAGUCCUUAAUAUUGUCUAGAACUUGUACAGCGAGUGCCACAACCAGACUAGUUGAGCAGAAUGUACGCAAUGAAGCGGCUCAGGGAAUAAAUGGAAGCGUGCCAGUCAAACAAUCCCCACGUUCAGCUUCAAAUCCAAAGCCACAAGUGCCUCCAAAGCCAGUUCAUCUGCAGAAGGCAACGUACCAAACCCCCAGGCAUAAAGCUUUAGCAAAUCACAAACCAAGGAUGGAGGAAGAGGCGCCCGCUGCUGUUUCCAGUGUUGCAAGGGAGAAGUCCAGUAAAGUGUCAGAUCUCAUCCAUCGUUUUGAGGGAGGCAGCUCGUUGAAUCCUAGUGAUUUGAAGAAAGAUUCCUCUGUUCUCCACCUUACUAAAUCUCAAGGAAGAUAUGGGUCAACACCAUCACCUCAGCCCAAACUCCCCUCCCAGCACUCACUACAAAAACAGGGAAACAACAAUACUGACAAAACUCAGGUUGCACAGCUACACACAGCCAACGGAGUAGUAGCACAAGACCAGCCAGAGGAUGAGGACAGGAGAUUAUCAGAUCGUGGCUCUGAUGUGUCCACUCCAGUUCCAGAUGAUGUCAUUGACAGCAGCUUGAUAAAUGGGGAAGGAGAAAGUACUUGCAGGGAGUCAUUACAAAGUAUGACUACCUGUGAAGAACAGAUGCUUAACAGCUACUACAGAACUCCAAGUAGUGAUACACUGCUCCCAUCUGAAAAUGAAACUCCAGAAAUUAAUAGUAAUGUGAAGGAAGAACCAGCUGAGGAAAUCAGUAAACAAGAUCAACCUGUAGAAACAAAGGAGACAGAUGAACAGAAACGUCACAAAAUUGCCAGUGAGCUUCUGCAAACAGAAAAAGCCUACGUUAGCCGACUUGACCUCCUAGAUGGGGUAUUCUAUUCCAGACUCCUUGAGGAAGCCAACAGAGGUUCGUUUCCACCUGAAGUGAUUAAUAAAAUAUUUUCUAAUAUUUCGUCAAUAAAUGCCUUCCACAGUAAAUUCUUACUUCCAGAACUUGAAAAAAGAAUGCAAGAAUGGACUACCACCCCUAGAAUUGGAGAUAUUCUGCAAAAGUUAGCUCCUUUCCUCAAGAUGUAUGGAGAGUAUGUGAAGAAUUUUGAUAACGCAAUGGAAUUGGUGAAAACGUGGACUGAACGGUCACCUCAAUUCAAAUUCAUUAUUCAAGACAUUCAGAAGGAAAAAGUGUGUGGAAAUUUGACAUUGCAACAUCACAUGCUAGAACCAGUACAACGCAUUCCACGCUACGAGAUGCUUCUAAAGGACUACCUAAGGAAAUUGCCUCAGGAUUCUCUAGACUGGAAAGAUGCUGAAAAAUCCCUGGAAAUUAUAUCCACUGCAGCAAGUCACUCGAAUAGUGCAAUUAGAAAGAUGGAGAAUCUAAAGAAGUUGCUAGAGAUAUAUGAGAUGCUGGGAGAAGAGGAAGACAUUGUGAACCCUUCAAAUGAACUGAUAAAAGAAGGCCAGAUCCUUAAACUCGCUGCUCGCAAUACGUCUGCUCAAGAACGGUAUCUCUUCCUAUUUAACAAUAUGUUGCUCUACUGCGUUCCCAAAUUCAGCCUGGUAGGAUCAAAGUUCUCAGUUCGAACCAGAGUUGGCAUAGAUGGUAUGAAAAUUAUAGAAACUCACAAUGAAGAAUAUCCACAUACUUUUCAAGUGUCUGGAAAAGAACGAACACUGGAGUUGCAGGCCAGUUCUGAACAAGAUAAAGAAGAAUGGAUAAAGGCACUUCAGAGUACUAUUGAAGUUUUUCAGCAGAGGAAUGAAACUUUCAGAAAUGCUAUUGCUAAAGAAUAUGAAGACAUGCCUGUUGAGGUUUCUAACGCCGAGCUUGGGAAGAGAGCACCGAGGUGGAUACGGGACAACGAAGUGACCAUGUGCAUGAAGUGCAAGGAGCCAUUUAAUGCCCUGACAAGGAGAAGGCACCACUGCCGAGCAUGUGGACAUGUGGUUUGCUGGAAAUGUUCUGAUUACAAGGCACAUCUUGAAUAUGAUGGCAAUAAAUUGAACAAAGUCUGUAAGGACUGUUAUCAUGUUAUAAUUGGUUGUACAGACAGUGAAGAAAAGAAGAAGAAAGGCAUCUUGGAGAUUGAAUCUGCAGAAGUCUCUGGAAACAGUGUCAUAUGUAGCUUUCUUCAGUACAUGGAAAAGUCGAAGCCCUGGCAGAAAGCUUGGUGUGUUAUACCUAAACAGGAAGCUCUUGUGCUCUACAUGUAUGGUGCUCCACAGGAUGUUAAAGCUCUGGCUACAAUUCCCCUUCUGGGCUAUACAGUGGAUGACACUCCAAGAAGUGCUGACCUCCCACACAGCUUCAAACUGACCCAGUCUAAAUCUGUGCACAGCUUUGCUGCUGACAAUGAGGAACUGAAACAGAAAUGGCUAAAAGUUAUCCAUUUAGCUGUCAAAGGUGAGACACCAGAAUGUCAAAAUGAACUGCAAGUGAAUUUAGAAGAGCAGCCUGAAUCUUCUAAAAGAUCUGAAUGCUGAAGCUUGAGAACACAUGACAUUUUUAAAAGAUUUCAGUUGAAAUUGUGGUUAACCUUUGUGUUAACCUUUAUUUGCUCAAUCAAGAAAAAAGCAAAAAAAAAAAAAAAGAAAAAGAAACUUCUUACUACCAUACACAUCUUGGCACUUUAUGUUUGGGAAAAAUUCUGGUCUUUUUAGGGAUCUUUUUCUUAUAUUUAUGUUCUGUCAAUAAAAGAGAUGUACAGGUUCAUUUAAGAGACUUUUUAAAAAAAUGUGAAUGCUAUUAAAAAUACUUACUAACUUUACUGUACUACUUGUUUGUCAUAAUGCAAUUUUUUUUUUUUGAGAAUCCAGUUGCUCUUCAGUUAACAUUUGCUACUUUCAUUAAGAAUGCAAAUAUUUUAAGCUUCCUACUUACAUGUUAGGACUUGCAACAGGAUAAAAGAUAUACCUCCACAUUGCCAAAAUAGAUCUGUACUUAAACAUGCAGGGACAGUUUGGUUUAAUGUACGUAGUUUAUAGAUUGAUUUCCACAGAUCUGUACAUAUGUUGUAUUCACUUGUCUCUUUUUACUUAAAAUAAUGCAAAUUUCUUUCACUGGUAUAUUGGCUUUUAAGGUUUCAGUUUCUCAAGGAAAAAAAAAAUCUAAUGAUUUUCAAUCUAGAAAUAAAUGCCUAAAAUAUGAGAAAACUAUAUAUAAUAUAUGUACAGUAUUAAAAAUGUACAAUACUUGAUUUGUGCUUUGAUUUCAUGAUUCUGGGUUCCUCUUAGUGAAUAAUUUAUUUUAAAAAAGCAUGUUUUCUAUUUGAAAUUAAACACAGUCCUAAAUUGAAAAA